ACAAAAGAAGAACGAGAAAAAGGCCUGCCAGUGACAAUGGAAGUGUUCGAUCGUAAGACUUGCAAUGUCCCACUUACUCAAUGUGGAUUCAUAGAUAUGUUCGUACGAGAAGCUUUCGCGAAUUUCGCGGAAUUUGCCAAUCUGGGCCAUCUAUCGACUCAACUCGAAGCCAACUAUGAUCAGUGGAAAGGUCAAUCAUCAUCAUGGACGCCGGCCAACAAUCUCGCUUUGCAUAUGUGA